GACUAUCUACAUUUGAGUAAAUUUCUGAGUGUCGGUCACACUGAACACCGCAUUAGUAAUAUUUUUUUCGUCAAAUUUAGUUAGCUACCUUUAAAAUGUCUCAUCAAACGGGAAUCAGAGCCAACGAGCAACUGGCAAAGCUGUUUGGAAAGGCCAAAAAUGGGAAAUUGCGAGUGCUAAAAGUAUCCAUAGAGAAUGAGCAGCUCAGCUGUAGCGCCACAGCUGAUGCGAAGAAGGAUUGGGAGCGCGACUACGAUAAGCUGCUAGGGCCGCUUCUGGAGGAGAAUGUGCCCUGCUACAUAUUGUACAGGCUGGACGCGAAGAUACCGCUGGGCCACAGCUGGCUGUUGAUCAGCUGGAUCCCGGACACGGCCAGCAUACGCCAAAAGAUGGUGUACGCCUCCACCAAGGCCACGCUCAAGACGGAGUUCGGGUCCGCGUACAUCACAGAGGAGCUGCACGCCACCACUCUGGAGGAGACUACGCUGGAGGGCUACCGCAAGCACAAGCGGGACUUUGCGGCUCCCGCGCCACUAACCACGCGCGAGGAGGAGCUGCAGGAGCUGCGCAAGACGGAGGUCCACACCGAGAUCAGCACGAACACACGUCAGCAGACGCUCGGAGGGAUCUCUUGCCCCCUGACGGAUGCCACGGUGGCCGCUGUGCAGGAUCUGGUGCGAGGCAACUACGAUUACUUGCAGUUUCGCAUUGAUCUGGAGGAGGAGCGCAUUCAUGUGUCCCAUGCAGCCCAGGUGGAGCUCAGUGCUCUGCCCAAGCAGGUGCCCGAGGAUCAUGCGCGAUACCAUCUGUUCCUGUUCCGGCACACCCACGAGGGUGACUACCAGGAGUCGUAUGUGUUUGUCUACUCCAUGCCCGGCUACACGUGCUCCGUGCGCGAGCGCAUGAUGUACUCCAGCUGCAAGGCGCCGUUCCUCGAGCAACUGGCGGCCAUGGGAGUCGAUGUGGUCAAAAAGCUGGAAAUCGACAACGGGAACGAGCUGACUGAAGCCUACCUGCUGGACGAGCUGCAUCCCAAGAAGAUAUUGCAUCGUCCGGCAUUUGCCAAGCCCAAGGGCCCACCGAAUCGCGGCGCCAAACGCCUCACGCGUCCCUCCAACGAAGACCAAGUCUGAAUCGCAAUACCCACCGAGUCCAGGCUCUCCCAUCUACUACCACCUUCAACUUUCAGUUUCCUAGCAAAGCAUUUAAUUUAUUUCUUCAUGUCUUCUCUUCUCUAUGUUGCGUCUUCCGUAUCCAAUGUCUGUAUCCGUAUCUGUAUCUUGAAACGUAUCCAAAUCCUUAGUUGCACUAGGCAUCAACUGAAACAACGCAUAGCAGCAGCCAUUGUGGGCUUCCUUAAAUGUAUUUCUGUCUAACUUUAAAUGGACACAUAUGCAAUUUAUUUAAAUUAAACUUUGAUCUAAGUCUACA